UGUAAUUUGAUUCAACCAGUGGAAGAUUAAGAAGACAAUGUAAGUUCAAAAGCAUGUUUCACAAAAAUUGUUAAUUCACAGUAAAACUACCCAGCUAAGAUGGAUAGCGUAUCUAGCUAGCUAGCUAGCGAUGAUGUCGUUGUUGAAGGAUAGGUGUGUUUGAUAGAUAACAGCUAGCUAUCGUAUUUUUAGCUAACAGUUCCAGAUCAGCUCAAUAUUAGUUAAACUGGCAAACUCACAUUUUUUUUACUAGCGGUAUAACGUGAUGCUAACAUUAUAUAACUAACGUUAGCUGGCAACAAACCGUAUGCUAGCUAAUGUAAAUUAGCUAGAUGUUUCUUUCUUUGUCUGUUCUUUAAAAAAACGUACAUUCUUCUCAUGUCUUCCCAUAUACCAAGCUAGAAGAUGGCUGUGAACGUUUACUCCACAUCUGUGACCGGCGACAACCUUAGUCGCCAUGAUAUGCUUUCUUGGAUCAACGAGUCUGUACAGAUGAACUACGCCAAGAUUGAGCAGUUGUGCUCAGGUCAGUAAAAAAUGAUAACGUUAGCUAGCUAGCUAGCUGAUCUAGAUCAAACCAGAAAUACGUCCAUCGGCAUAGCUAACUAGCCUGUGAUGGCCGUUCCGAUGGUUCAUUCAAAAAGCGUGGUAACGUUAGUUAUUUUCGACUAACCUUUAUUUGGAGAUGCAUACCUUCUGUCAUAAACGUAUGUUUCCAGUUGCAGAUGGAAAUCUAAAAAAAUAGAAUAUUCAGAACAUAAUAGUGCAUUUAAUAUUUUUCCACCUGCAACUGGAAACUGAAGUUUAUAAGACACCUGUGGCUUAAGAAUCGAGAAAGAAUAAAGUAUCACCAGGUAAAGGUUGGACGUUUUUUAUUUUUCGUAUUGUCAAUGGACCCUUUGCUCGACCUCAGGCACAAGUUUAGCUAUGUGCUGGAGGUUCAAGCCCACUUGGCCACUAACUACAACAUCAUCAGCCUAUAGGUGUUGUGCAUUCGGAAAGUAUUCAGACCCCUUGACUUUUUCCACAUUUUAUGUUACAGCCUUAUUCUAAAAUGGAGGGAAUUUUUUCCUCAAUCUCAUCAGAAUACCCCAUAAUGACAAAGCAAAAACGGGUUAUUAGAAUUUUUUGCAAAUGUGUUACCAAUAAAAAAACUUUUAUAUCACAUUUACAUACUAUUUCAGACCCUUUACUCAGUACUUUGUUGAAUGACCUUGGUUAUGACGCUACAAGCUUGGGACACCUGUAUUUGGGGUGUUUCUCCCAUUCUUCUCUGCAGAUCCUCUCAAGUUCUCUCAGGUUGGAUGGGGAGCGUUGCUGCAAAGCUAUUUUCAGGUCUCUCCAGAGAUGUUGGAUCGGGUUCAAGUCUGUGCUCUUGCUGUGCCACUCAAGGACAUUCAUGGAGACUUGUCCCGAAGCCACUCCUGAGUUGUCUUUGCUGUGUGCUUAGGGUCGUUGUCCUGUUGGAAGGUGAACCUUCGUCCCAGUCUGAGGUCCUGAGCACUCUGGGGCAGGUUUUCAUCAAGGAUUUCUCUGUACUUUGCUCUGUUCAUCUUUCCCUUGAUCCUGACUAGUCUCCUAGUCCCUGCUGCUGAAAAACAUCCCCACAGCAUGAUGCUGCCACCACCAUGCUUCACCAUAGGGAUGGUGCCAGGUUUCCUCCAGAUGUGACACUUGGCAUUCAGGCCAAAGAGUUCAAUCUUGGUUUCAUCAGACCAGGGAAUCUUGUUUCUCAUGGUCUGAGAGUCCUUUAGGUGCUGUCAUUUGCCUUUUACUGAGGAGUGGCUUCCGUCUGGCCACUCUACCAUAAAGGCCUGAUUGGUGGAGUGCUGCAGAGAUGGUUGUCCUUCUGGAAGGUUUUCCCAUCUCCACAGAGGAACUCUGGAGCUCUGUCAGACCGACCAUCUGGUUCUUGGUCACCUCCAUGACCAAAGCCCUUCUCCCCCAAUUGCUCAGUUUAGCAGGGCCGCCAGCUCUAGGAAGUGUCUUGGUGGUUCCAAACUUCUUCCAUUUAAGAAUGAUGGAGGCCACUGUGUUCUUGGGGACCUUCAAUGCUGCAGAAAUGUUUUGGUACCCUUCCCCAGAUCUGUGCCUCAACACAAUCCUGUCUCGGAGCUCUACGGACAAUUCCUUCGACCCCAUGGCUUGGUUUUUGCUCUGACAAUCACUGUCAACUGUGGGGCCUUAUAUAGACAGGUGUGUGCCUUUCCAAAUCAUGUCCAAUCAAUUGAAUUUACCACAGAUGGACUCCAAUUAAGUUGUAGAAACAUCUCAGGGAUGAUCAAUGGAAACCGAAUGCACCUGAGCUCAAUAUCGAGACUCAUAGCAAAGGGUCUGAAUACUUAUGUAAAAAAGGGAUUUCUGUUUUUUCUUUGUAAUACAGUUGCUAAAAUUUCUAAAAACCUGUUUUCGCUUUGUCAUUAUGGGGUAUUGUGUGUAGAUUGAUGAGGAAAGUUUUUCCUUUAAUCCAUUUUAGAAUAAGGCUGUAACGUAACAAAAUGUGGAAAAAGUUUUGGGUCUAAAUACUUUCCGAAUGCACUGUAUAUUCAUCUACCACCAUCUUGGAAACUACUCCCCGUAUAGGGAAAUUGUACUCCCCACAGAUAAGUGGCUUGGGCUGUCAUAGGACAUUUAGGCAGGAGGUAAUGGCAGGAGCAGAGUAUUAUAGCCAGUGGUGGAGAAAGUUCCCAAUUUUUAUAGUUGAGUAAAAAUAAAGAUAUCCUUAAUAGAAAAUGACUCAAAUAAAAGUGAGUCACCCAGUAAAAUACUACUUGAGUGAGUCUAAAAGUAUUUGGGUUUAAAAACACGGACAUAAUUUACAAAAAAGCAAGUGUGUUUACUAAGUCCGCCAGAUCAGAGGCAGUAGGGAUGACCAGGGAAGUUCUCUUGAUAAGUGUGUGAAUUGGACCAUUUCCUGUCCUGCUAAGCAUUCGAAAUGUAACAAGUGCUUUUGGGUGUCAGGGAAAAUAUAUAUGGAGUAAAAGGUACAUUAUUUUCUUUAGGAAUGUAGUGAAGUAAAAGUUGUUAAAAAUAUAAAGUACAGAUACCCCACCAAAAAAUGAAUUAAGUAGUACUUUAAAGUAGUUUUACUUAAGUACUUUACACCUCUGAUUAUAGCCUAAUAAAGUUUAGACAUGAUUAGCUGGUAAUUUAAUAAAUGAUCUUAUCACAUUCACACAGGUGCCGCUUACUGUCAGUUCAUGGACAUGCUUUUCCCUGGAUGCAUACCGUUGAAGAAGGUUAAAUUCCAGGCCAAACUAGAGACUGAGUUCCUCCACAACUUCAAACUUCUGCAGACCAGUUUUAAGAAGAUUGGGGUUGACAAGGUUAAUGCUUCCGAGUGUCUUUAACUCAAUGUGUACUUUCGGCUAUUGCAGUGUUUCUAAAAUAUCACAUUUCAGCCAUUUCUGCCAUCGAGACUGAUUGACACUUUUUAAUCCAUUUCCAGAUCAUUCCUGUGGAUAAGUUGAUAAAAGGCAAGUUCCAGGACAACUUUGAGUUUGUGCAGUGGUUCAAGAAAUUAUUUGAUGCCAACUACGAUGGGAAGGAUUAUGACCCAGUCAGUGCUCGCCAGGGCCAGGACACUGCUCCUACGCCCAACCCAGGGCAGGUCGCAUCCAAGCCAAGGAAGCCCACUACUGGUGAGGAAGAAACAUUUAUAAUUUCUAACAUUUUGAUGAAUAUAACAUAAAUACCUAAUCGAAAAUAUAGCUGCAAGCAACAACGGGGGGUGUGUGGUCUAAUCCAAGUUACUCCCAGUCAGCCGAUGGAACAAAACAAUUGUUCCUGCGUCUUUGAUGCUUGCUCCCUUAAAUGCAUACUGUAUGCAUUUCUAUUUCAGUACAGUUCCACAGCUCCCCACCUGUUAUCAAACCAGUGGCGGAAGUCGGUAAGGUGGUUUAAUGUUCAAACAGGGAUCUCCAAUGGUGGGCUUUCACAGUCAUGGUCACACUGUGGAAAGGACUUUUGUAAGGCUAGGUCAUAGAUAGCCUCUAGUAAUUUAGUAGGUUAUGUCAUAAACAUCAAAGUUCCAGAAUGGGAUGAAAAUGGCAGCCAUAUUGGUCAGGGAGAAAUUCAAACCAGUCUAAUUGGAAGGAAUGGCAGUAGAGGCAUAAUCCUGAUUUUACUUAUGCGGGAAAAUAAAAGCAAGGCAUGUGAUAUAUCAGAAAUUGUGUAAUAGAAUUAUUGUCAACCUAAAAUAUUGUAAUAAUUAUAAACAGUUUAUACAGGUUUAUACACAUUUUCUCUAUAAAUAGCCUCUAAAAUACUGUAUAUGUAAACAUAACAGACCUUUAAAUGUUUUAAUUAUUGUUUUCUUGGAAAGCUGUGAGUGCUAUGCGAGGAAUUGCCAAGAAACUGAAGAUCUCGUACAAGCUGUGUACUACUCCCUUCACAGAACAGCGCAAACUGGCUCUAACCAGAAUAGAAAGAGGAGUGGGAGGCCCCGGUGCACAACUGGGCAAGAGGACAAAUACAUUAGUGUCUAGUUUGAGAAACAGGCGCCUCACAGGUCCUCAACUGGCAGCUUCAUUAAAUAGUACCCGCAAAACACCAGUCGCAACGUCAACAGUGAAGAGGCGACUCUGGGAUGCUGACCUUCUAGGCAGAGUUGCAAAGAAAAAGCCAUAUCUCAGACUGGCCAAUAAAAAGAAAAGAUUAAGAUGGACAGUCUGAGAUAUUGCAGUCUGAGAAACACCUCUUCACUGUUGACGUUGCGACUGGUGUUUUGCGGGUACUAUUUAAUGAAGCUGCCAGUUGAGGACCUGUGAGGCACCUGCUUCUCAAACUAGACACACUAAUGUAUUUGUCCUCUUGCUCAGUUGUGCACCGGGGCCUCCCACUCCUCUUUCUAUUCAGGUAAGAGCCAGUUUGCGCUGUUCUGUGAAGGGAGUAGUACACCGCGUUGUACGAGAUCUUCAGUUUCUUGGCAAUUUCUCGCAUGGAAUAGCCUUCAUUUCUCAGAACAGGAAUAGACUAACGAGUUUCAGAAGAAAGUUAUUUGUUUCUGGCCAUUUUGAGCCUGUAAUCAAACCCACAAUGGCUGAUGCUCCAGAUACUCAACUAGUCUUAUGAAGGCCAGUUUUAUUGCUUCUUUAAUCAGCACAACAGUUUUCAGCUGUGCUAACAUAAUUGCAAAAGGGUUUUCUAAUGAUCAAUUAGCCUUUUAAAAUGAUAAACUUGGAUUAGCAAACACAAUGUGCCAUUGGAACACAGGACUGAUGGUUGCUGAUAAUGGGCCUCUAUACGCGUAUGUAGAUAUUCCAUUAAAAAUCAGCCGUUUCCAGCAACAAUAGCCAUUUACAACAUUUAACAAUGUCUACACUGUAUUUCUGAUCAAUUUGAUGUUAUUUUAAUGGGCAACAAAAUUGCUUUUCUUUCGAAAACAAGGACAUUUCUAAGUGACCCCAAACUUUUGAACGGUAGUGUAUAUCAUACAAUAUCAAUACUGAUUUCAACCAUUGUAUGGGUGUGUAGGAUCCUAUAAAAUCAGCGUUAAAUCCACGUUGCGGAGACAGUGGACGGAAUCACAGAAUCCAGACAUUUAAACGGAAUUCAACAAUAUUCCAGAAUGUAUUGAACUUAGUAGGAAAUCAACUAAAUCUAUUUAAUUUAUUAGAAAAUGCAUUAAUUUGCCCAAGAUUAUCAUAAGACAUGAACAAAAUGCAUCAGUGAUUUCGUAUUUUCCUGACCCUGUGUGUCCGUUUGUCUACCUCGUUGUGUAGCCGUUAGCGAUGAUGCUAAUAUAAUGACAACCAUCUUCUGGUAGAUGGAAAGGCUUUCCCCAAACAUUUCUUAAUUAAAUGUUAAUAAACAAAGUAGCAUAUGCCUACCUGGCAGAAUAUUAUUAUUUGCAUCAAUCCAGUGGUCAUUUGUUUAGCAAACUCUGGAAGCACAUGAGCGCUACAGAAACAUUGCUAACUAAACAAUGAUAUCUGGCUGGUGCACAGUUGAAUUACAGGGUAACUACACCCACAAAUCUACAUUUCUUAGAUUUUUCCCAUGCAGACCUCAAGUGAUCUCCUGAUGUGGUUUAAGCAUUCUUGUUGACUUCGGAAAAAACAAAAUUGGAUGUUCUAUUAAAGUGAUUUUGAGAUCCAAAACUGGGAAAAACCUAAACAGAAUCAGGCAAAUUAAACAGAUUUUAUAGGGCCCUAGCUGUGCAUUGAAUGCAUUGUAUGAAUGGUAUAUUGGCAGUUAAUUUGACAAAUGUAUGGAAUCAUUCUUCUAAAACUGUCUGGCUAGCUAACAGACAGAGUGCAGUUGUAUUCUUCAAAUUCAUUAUUUUACACUCUUAUCACAGCACUGGUAAACCAUUUGAGUGAUAAUGCCUGAGAAGCCGGUGUUUGGAGGAUAUAUUCGUUGAGGGCCAGCAAACCGUACCAAUAUAUCCGCCAAACACCAGCUUCUAGGGCAUUAUCACUUUUAUACAACGGGUUACCAACAUAUUCAAAUAAUGAUUGACAUGUUAUUUUGAUGUAUUUAUUCAUAAUAGUUCAUCCUUCCACAAGAUGUAUAGUCCCGACACAAAUCUAUAGUUGCUACCCAAGCCAGCUGGUCGUUCGUUCUAUCGGUUCAGUUGCCAGAGACGUGACCCAGUCGUUCAGUCUUUUUUUUCUGUGUCUAUGGACUCGACCCAGUCGUUCAUUCUAAAUGUUAAAUUGUCAUACUGGCUGGCAACAUUCUUAUCCCAUGCUUGCUAGCUAGCCAACUACGGCAAACUUAGUCACGUCAAACAGUGCAGCCAGAGUAACAGUAGCUGCAUUUGCAUUUGUUUAAGCUGUUUUCUAUUGACAUUUAUUUGGAUACAUCCAUAACAAUGGCAUAGAAAAUGAGCUCACUCAUCAGGACACUGUUGUUCAGAGGAGCUAGCCAACAACACAGCUACAGUAACACAAUCACUUCAAACGGAAGCUGUAAAGACCGCAAACUAGCUGCACUUUGUUUCGGUUUACCUUUUUUCAAUUGACAUUUCUUUGUAUAUAUCCAUAAAAAUGAUGCCAGCUGAUUCAUGAUUUCGACUGGCUGAGAAACGCUGCCUGUCUGUCUCGUCCAGACAUGUUUAUUACUUUGGGACAGCAGAAGAUGGAAUUCGAAUAUUGAAACAAUGUUGCAAAUGUCGGAGAGACAGACAGCAAGGUUUAUACAAAUCUCUGCUGUUGAAAACUAAAUGUUAGUCUAAAAGAAAUGUAAGAUAAUGUCUAGAUGCUUUUUAUAGUGGAGAUCAAGUUUAUAAGUUGCCUAGCUGGGCUGAUGAGACAGUGGAUUGCGCAGUCAGAUGGAACAGAGUAAAUAGGUAUUUUGACUCCCUGACCAAAAUGGCUGACCUUUAUCCCAUCAUACGAAGGUUCAUGUCCAUUCUAGUAUACUAUGGGCUAGAAACUGGAGUCAGUGGGUGUUAAUGUGCAGUUGUGUGUCUAAGGUUGAGGGCAUGCACACAGUCCACAGUUAUAUUAUUCUUUCCUAGUUUGCCAACUGUGAUUUGUGUUGGAUCCAGCUCCCACGAGGUCUACAACGACAGUAACCAAACCCCUGCCCAGGUCAGCAGGGAGUGCCUUGCGGAGACCCGGAGGAGCAGGGGACGUGGAGAGGGUGGAGCUAGCUCAGGAGGUAUGUUCUUUCGGAGGGUCACCACUAAAAUGAGUUGUUGAUAAGAUUUCCCCUCAAUCUCCUGUAUGGUUUUUGUGUGGUAGGUGAAUAGUUUGUUAAUGAAAUUGAAGCUUGUUUUGUUGUAACAUGAGUCAUGACAGCCCCGCCCAUUCGUUCUCCUAUCACUAAUGUAUUCCCUCUGCUGCUCUCGCCUCAGGUCAGUUCCCUGAAGGCCACUGUCCAGGACAUGGAGAAGGAGAGAGACUUUUAUUUUGGAAAGCUGAGGUCCAUUGAGGUCAUCUGCCAAGAAGUGGAUGGAGAGGCAGAUGCAACUAUGCAGAAGAUUAUGGAUGUUCUAUACGCCACUGAUGUGAGUCAAACCUCACCGGAAUACUCUCUGACAGACACAGCUGAGAGACUGUCUUCUUCAUUUCAUAUCAUUUUUCAUAACCGAUUUAUUAUCUGUAGUAGGAAAGAAAUGUGGCGUUGUAUUUGAAUAUUGAAAUCAAAAUGUUGUUUCCUGCUAACAGGAGGGGUUUGUUAUUCCUGAUGCUGAAGGAGAAGAACCAGAAGAGUUCUGAUGAAAAUGGACACAACUGCAGUUCAUACCUUAAUCACACACUUUUCCAUGCACACACACAAACACAUACAGGUUGGUGAACACAAGUUUGCAUGUGCAACGUUCAUACGCACUCGUGUGCUCUAAUGAACAUGCACUUACCGUACUCACACUGUGGAUUAAGUUGCCUCUGGAUUAUACACUGCCUGCCCCCUUGGUCCAACUGUUUGUUGGACCAAGUGUUUUUUGGACCAUAAAAUAAAAUUCAGAGCCUGCUGAUCCAGCCACCAGAGAAAAAGAACCCUGGAUACAAUUCUAAUGGGUCCUUACUUUCUGGUUUAUUUUCUGCCUUGUUUUUAUUUUGGCCUCUUCUGUGCCUUUUAAACUUUGGCCUGUUAGUUUUGAAAUAUGUUCAAGUUGUCUUUUUAUUCCUUAUAUAUUUCCAAUUGACCUAAACAAAACUGUACUAGAUUAUUUUGAUAUGAUAUUUGCAAAUAUAAUUAAUUAAAUAUAUAUGAAUAUGUUUACUUUGCCAAAGGAAAUUAUUGUAAUUUUUAUGGUAUAUUUACACAUUCAUUGUAUAUUUGAGAGUUAAAAUUUGUGGUUUAGGCGAUCAGCAUUUUCAUUUAGUUUCCUGUUUUAAAUGAUUUAUCUGCACAGGUAUUCAUCACAUUACUUUUUUUGAUUUUUCAAUUAAAUGAAGGGUUUUUAUUGAGCACCU